AUGCAAACAUUGAGAAAAAUCGCAUGGAGUGCUGCGCUUCUGCAGGGCGCCUGGGGGAUGUACACGGAGAAGCAUCUGGAGUCUGUAAGCAUGUCGGACCAGGCAGCGCGCCUGUACAACGGGAUAAAGCAGCAAGAUUCCUGGAUCCUGAGAAACGGGAGUUCAGGCUCUGUCGUGAACCUGAAGCAGAAAAACACGGAUCACGACGAGUGGAGCUUUGAAACGGAGUUUUCCCUGCCUGCGCUGAGGCAUCCAGAGUUUGCAGGGCUGUACUUUUGGUACACGGAAGAGCCUGUCCGGCACGGGCCCUUCAAAGGCGCAAGCGGAAAAUUCAACGGAGUAAUGGCGGGCCUGGAGCUCGUAGGAAAAAGCCUGGACAUCGUCAUCUCCGUAAACCACGGGGAAAUGGACUAUGCAGGCCUGCGGGCGGUAGAGACAGAGCUGAAGGACUCCCCAGACCCAGCGAUCUUCAAAGGCCACGAAAGCCUGAUUUUGAAGGUGAUUUCAACUGCCAAGAACUUCAAAGUGGAAAUAUACGACACCGACAAGAAGCUGUUGUACGACAGGGUCAGGUACACCUCCAUGGCGGAAAUGGGCAGCCGUCUUUCUGGAAAGUUCUUUGGGCUGACAACAGAGUAUCUCGAGGCGCGCCCGAGUGUGCACUUUACGCUGGCGAGCAUGAAGCUCUUCCAGAGGGAGGAGAGCGAGGCCUACUCCAUAGGGGACUACAACGCAGAAGUUCCCGAGGCAAGCCCCAGACUCCCGCACGAGGUUUCGCACCCAGACGAGGAAAUACAGCACGCAAUAUCCGGAAUUGAGCAUCUGACCAAGUACAUCCGCGUUGUAAUGGGAGAGCCACAGGCGAAGCCCGUAGCAGAGAAUGUCACGUACAUAAAAAAGACGCUAAACUUCCAAAGUGCCCACAUAAUUGAAAUACGCGAUAUCCUGAAGUCUCUCGUUACCGUGGAGAAGAAGCACGCGCAAGAGGAGGACACGCACCGGCAGGAGCUCUUCUACCUGGUGGAAGGCAUCCGGAAAAAGCUUGAGGAAGCCCCAAAGCCCGCCGAGAGAAAAGUCUAUGAAAAAAGAGAGCUCCCCACUCUGGGGCUUAUCGUAGUCGGAGGGGUUUUAUUUGCGUGUGGGUUUGCAGUGGGCAGGAAAGUGCCAGAGGCCAGAAAAAUGUCAAAACAUUAA